AUGCAGAACACAAGAAACUUUUCUGAGUUUCUAAGGAGGCUGUUUUUCUUUGCUAUCAUUUUCUUUAUCAUAGAAUGUACAAGAGGAAGAGGUGAGUUAUCAGAAUCUGAGUCUUUCUUUAAUUUCCUAAGGGCCCUUGAUACCAAAAACGUGCUUAAUAACAGUACCUGGAUUGGAUCACCAUCACAUCCAUGCUUGGUGAAGUUGAAUGGUGUAAGAUGUGACUCAAAUGCUUCCAAAAUUGUACAUAUAAGGCUUGAGAACUUGAACCUUAGUGGCACAAUUGAUGCACAUUCACUAUGCAGGCUCCAAAAGUUAAGAGUCGUGAGCUUGGCUAACAACAACAUCAGAGGAACCAUCCCACAUUCAAUUUUGCAUUGUACAAGGUUGACACAUUUCAAUGUAACCAGCAACCAAUUGAGUGGGAGGUUGCCAAAGGCCUUAACAAAAUUGAAACAUCUUAGGAGCUUGGACAUAUCUAAUAACAACUUUUCUGGUAUGAUCCCUAGAAAACAACAAUAUAUGCGACUAUUUACUUAUUAUUAUGUGACACCAAGCAAAAAGUUGGAAAGCAAUGGUACCAAAGAGUGGCUCAAGGAAAGUGAUACAAACGCAAUGCAGCAACCAACACCAGAUUCUUCAAUAGACACUGCUCCUAAUCCACGGAAUUCGAAGACAGAAACUUUGGUGGUGUUCAUUUUCGGUACUGUAGUGCUUUUGUCAGCCCUUUACUUUCUGGUAAAGAAGUCAUUAAAGUUUAAUGAAGGGAUGGAGGUAGUUAAAGAGGAUCAUGGUGUGUUAAAGGCUUCAACUAAAGAAGUUCAAGAGGUGAAGCUAAACGAAGGAGAUUCUGAGCUUGUUUUCUUUGUUGAAGAUCGUGAAAGGUUCACACUGGAGGACCUUCUUCGAGCCACUGCUGACUUGAGGAGUGAAGGCUUUUGCAGCAGCCUUUACAAGGUGAAACUGGAGAACAAUGUUCACUAUGCAGUCAAACGAUUGAAGAACUUGCAGGUUUCCUUGGAAGCAUUUGGUGAAACAUUUAGGAAGAUUAGUAACUUGAAGCAUCAGAACAUCCUCCCCCUUGUUGGUUAUCGUUCCACCAGUGAAGAAAAAUUCAUCAUUUACAAAUAUCAAAACAAUGGAAGCCUGCUUAAUCUGUUAAACGAUUAUAUAGCAGGUAGAAAAGAUUUCCCGUGGAAACUGCGUCUGAAUAUAGCAUGUGGAAUUGCAAGGGGUUUGGCCUUCAUAUAUAGAAAGUUAGAUGAACAGGAGGAGGUGAUUCCUCACGGAAAUCUGAAGCCAUCAAACAUCCUUCUAGAUGAGAACAAUGAGCCACUAAUAAGUGAGCAUGGUUUAUCAAAAUUCAUGGACCCAAAUAGAGGUUUUCUCUUUUCCUCUCAGGGAUACACAGCGCCUGAAAAGAGUUUAACAGAAAAGGGUGAUGUGUACAGUUUUGGAGUGAUUCUCCUUGAACUACUAACAGGAAAAAGCACAGAAGUGAGCAGAAUAGAUAUUGCCAGAUGGGUGAGGUCCAUGGUGAGGGAGGAAUGGACAGGAGAAGUCUUUGACAAGGAAGUUAGGGAGAAUGAGCAUCAAUGGGCCUUUCCUCUUCUGAACAUAGCCCUCUUGUGUGUGUCACGUUUCCAAGAAAAUAGGCCAACCACUGUGGAGAUUUUGGAGAAGAUAGAGGAGGUCAUGGAUCAACAUGAACAACAUCAGGAACGUUUUGCUUUCAAAUGUUGUUCCAAUGGAUCCAGCCGUGAUGAGUGUUGUUCACUUCACAAAAUCAUACCAGAUACAUGGGAUUCUCCAGGAUCAAAUUAUUGA